AAUCACAGUUGAAGUUUGAAUUGUUUUAAACAAUUAUCCUAAAAUUAGUUAAAAUAAAUUUAAUUAUUUUAUACUUUAAGUAAUUAAAAUGAAUUCCUGGUCUAGUUUUGCUGUGCUUUUAGCAGUUUGUGGUCUAGCAGCUGCAGGACAUUAUCAUCAUGACGGUGGUCAUGAUGGACAUGGUGAUAAUGGUGGUGCUGGUGUCGCAGUACAUUAUUCUGUAGUCACAGAACAUAAGGCUGAUCAUCAUGGUCAUGGCGGUGGAGCUGGUGGUCAUGAUGCUGGACAUGCUACUGUACAUACUUGGGGACAAGAUGCUGCUGCUGGUCAUGAUGAAGGACACUCUGAUGAUGGUCAUGAUGCCGGUUAUUAUGGUGGUCACGAUGAUGGUCAUUCUUAUGGUGAACAUGUUGUAGAAUAUUAUGGUGGACAUGAUGAUGGUCACUCUUAUGGAGGACAUGAUUCAGGACAUUACGGUGGUCAUGAUGGCGGCCAUGAUGAUGGUCAUGAUCAUCAUGCUUAUCCCAAAUACGAAUUUUCUUAUGGUGUUAAGGACCCCAAAACUGGCGACAUUAAAAGUCAAUCCGAAACCAGAGAUGGUGGCAAUGUUAAAGGCAGCUACACUGUUAAGGAAGCUGAUGGCACUACACGUCAUGUAGAAUAUUCCGCUGAUAAACAUAAGGGUUUCAAUGCUGUCGUUCAUACCUCCGGUAAAGCUAAUGCCGAUCAUGAUGCUGAAUAUGCUCAUGGUGGACAUGAUAAUGGAUAUGAACACGGCUAUAGCCAUGGUCAUGGCAAAGCCAGCAGUUAUGUCAUUGUUAAGAAACAAGAAGAAACCAAGCAUUAAGGGAGUAGUAUUUUUUAUGUCGAACAUUAAGGAUGUAUUAUAUUUUUGUUGAACAUGUAUUUUAAAUAAAAGAAAUUUUAAUAAAGAAGAAAACGAAAAUUUAAA